AAGUUAGUAUCAGACGGUCCGCCACGACGCGCGGACGCGUCGCGUUAUCGCCCCUUACCGCAUACAGCUGUCACUUGGACCGCAGUGUCAAGGGACUGUGUACUCUGUGAAAGUGUUUUGACGGAUUCUGACCCCAGUGUUGUGUCCAUUGCGUUUCCUAAUCGUCCGUGGCUUUAAGCGUAAGCGUGUGAUGAGCUCGUGAAGUGAUGUUCAUCAAAGCCGGGCCCCCGGUGGAAGAGGAGCGGCGGGGUUCGGUCUCCAACUGGUUCUCAUCACUGCGGCGAGGCGGGAGAAGACGGCGAGAGGAACCCUCGCCAUCAAACUACGGGUCCCUGGGCCGGCGAAAGGACUCGCAACCACGCGGCAAGACUAGAUCUGCCUGGGACUUGACCUCUGUUUCUAGACUGCAACUUAAAGAUGAGCUCGGCGAGGUGGUCGCGGAGCUGGAAGCUCUGGACGGGCAGGAGGAGUGCAAACAGAACAGCAAGGCCAAACAGAUGAGCAUCGGCAGGAAGAAGUUCAACAUGGACCCCAAGAAAGGUAUCGAAUACCUGUACGAGAACGGUCUUCUCCAGAGGACGCCCGAGGACGUGGCGCAGUUCCUCCACAAAGGCGAGGGUCUCAGUAAGACGGCCAUCGGGGACUACCUCGGCGAGCGCUCGGACUUCAACGAGGCCGUGCUGCGCGCCUUCGUCGAGCUGCACGACUUCACCGACCUCAUCCUGGUGCAGGCGCUACGACAAUUCCUGUGGAGCUUCCGUCUCCCCGGCGAGGCGCAGAAGAUCGACCGCAUGAUGGAGUGCUUCGCGCAGCGCUACUGCCAACUCAACCCGGACAUCUUCACCAACGCGGACACCUGCUACGUGCUCAGCUUCGCAAUCAUCAUGCUCAACACCUCGCUACACAACCCUAGCGUUAAGGAGAAACCCGGCCCUGAACAGUUCGUCGCUAUGAACAGAGGGAUCAACAACGGAGGGGACUUGCCACAUGAAUUGCUCUUGUCAUUAUACGAGUCUAUAAAGACGGAGCCGUUCAAGAUCCCGGAGGACGACGGCAACGACCUCAUGCACACCUUCUUCAACCCCGACAAGGAGGGCUGGCUGUGGAAGCAGGGCGGCAGAUACAAGUCGUGGAAGAGACGGUGGUUUAUCCUCAACGACAACUGCCUGUACUACUUCGAGUACACGACGGACAAGGAGCCGAGAGGCAUCAUCCCACUUGAAAAUAUAUCUGUGCGUCCGGCGUCGGACCGGCAGCGGCCGCACUGCCUGGAGCUGUACGCGAGCGGCGGCGCCGACCUCAUCAAGGCCUGCAAGACCGACUCCGAGGGCAAGGUCGUCGAGGGCAAGCACACCGUCUACAGAAUGUCAGCGUCAGCGGCGGAAGAGCGUGACGAGUGGAUAGAGUGCUUACGUCGCUCCAUCAGCCACAACCCCUUCUACGACAUGCUGGCGCAGCGCAAGAAGAAGGCGCAGCAUAACCACACGCACCCGCCGCACUAGCGCCCUCUACCGCCUCACAGGAUGUCAUACUACAGAGCGGCACCAAACUAUAGUCAUUCUGCAUCCACCACACUAGCACGGACCGCCCACCUUAGAGGAUAUCUAGAGAGUGGACAAGCGUGGACGUGUCGCAGUUGUUGUUAGCUCAUUGCGCAUACACCGUUCUAUCGCACACCGCCCACCUCAGGCGAUAUCAUACUAAAGAGCAGAUUUUUUUCCUACCUUUUGGCUGGGUCUGCACGGCUUAACACGUGAUUGGCGCGACGGUAUCUCAGAGGAUAUCAUACUAGAGAGUGGAGUCGCGGUUGUUAGCUCAUAGCGCAUCCACCACACUAACGCGGACCACCAGAUCCCGUUCUUUGACAUAAUAAUCGAAAGUCAUAAUAUAAUGUUUGCCAGAUUAUCAUUAGUCAUAAUUCUGAAACGGUUAACUUUUCAGGGUUUUCAGAUUUGGAUAGGUCAGGAUAGGUUUGUUUUGUGGCAAUACUGAAAAGUUACGCGUUUUUGAGAAAAAUCAAAUUAUGACUAACGAAAAUACAGACAAACAAUACAUUAUGAUUUAAGACUAUGGGAACCAAUAGGUGUCUGGGGACAACUCUCCGACUCACUGUAAUGGAUUAUUUCAGCACCCAUCGGUCGCCGCAAAAUAAAGCUAGGUUUAGACGAAGCCAGUAACGUUGGCGCCGGUCUUAGCCACUAGAGAGCGGCACCGCCGCGGACGUGCAUUCACCGCACUGGCACAGCCGGUCACUCAUUGUAAAUAUGGAUUUUUUGACUCUCUGUAAUGGGAUUCCUUUUUAUUUCCUUGCCUUUGAGCUGAGCCGAUUCGAUCCGAUAACGGAUUUAGAAAAUAUUUCAAAGGAAAAAAUCAAAAAUAGCGCCUUUAAUGUAUAAGAUAUCGGUCCUACAUCCGAUAUCGGAUCGGAUAAUGUAAAAACGUAAAAAUAGUGCUAGGUCAUCCACAUACUAUCCUGUAGAGUAACUCUCACAUACAUACAUAUUGAGAGUCAAUCUUUCUUUUGAUAUCAACUAGCGAGCACUAAAAUAUUAUGUCGGGAAAAGAUAAAAAAUAUUUACGACCAAUUUUUGAACAGAAAAAUAGUUGAGCGUUUAGUCUACCGAAAUAAAAGAUUCCUUUGUUUGCUAGCUCGUUUUACCCAAACUAUGGUUAAUGAAACACACACGCGUUGUAAAUUAUACUUUUGGUGUGUAGUGUCCGAGUAUUGAAACAUGUUACUCAACAUCACAUGUUAGAUUACUUAUUCAGCGUUGAUUCCGUCUUAUUACAACGUUUCCGUGUUAGCGCGAUGUAACGUGCAGCUUCGAUGCAGCUGAAUAUUUAUGCAAUUAUUCAUAUUUAUUACCAACAAGGGAAAUAUCUUGUGCUACUUGCACUUUUUAUACUACUAUACUUCCGUCUACAGAGCGGAUAUCAAACACUUUCGUUUCUAUUUGAUGAGACUAAUACGGCGGCGGAUAGAAUAGUUUUAAAAUGUAUAAACAACCAAAUAAUCAUGCUAAUGUCACAUGACAAAUGGUUUCGCUUUAAACAUACGGCCAUAAUACGCCCAUAAUUAUGAAUAGAUGACGUCCAAAACAAGACGACAAGAGUAGUUAAUGAUUAGUCAGUAGUCAGACAAUCAUUGUGAUAUUCGCUACGACAGCGGCCGCGACAGCGACUAACUUGUCUCGUAUCGCGUUGUCACCCCACACUGCUGGCCCCGUGUCUCGGCGCGCGACAAACAUCAUGUCACUUGUCGAUGUUUUGUCGCGCGCCCCGCGACGGAGUAUCGUCCAUGUAUAUAACGAAGGAAAGACUGAACACAUGAUAGUGUAAAUUUUACACGAUUUAUUUGAAUUGAAAAUAGUAAAUACAUGGUGCAUUGUACGCGCGUACUGCCAAAUUAUAAUUUAAGAUAAUUUGCGUCUGUAUGAGAAUUUCUAUUAAUUGGAAUUAUAUUAAUGUUUUAUAUUUAAAUGCAAUGUUCUUGACAAUAAAUUACGUUUAUCAAGAUGGUUGCUAAUGGCAGGACAUGGUUUAACACGAGUUUCUGUUAUUAAAUGAAAAAGAAGUUACGUAUUGAUGAAAGUAUUACUUUAAUGAUUAACCUACCAUAGGACAGUGUAAAUUAAUGUUUGUAUAAAUAGCUUAGUGUUAAAUCAGUUUAGUGUAAAAAUGUAGUAUAGUUUCUCAGUCUGCAGUGUAAAUAUUUUAAAUGGAACGUUAUGGACGCGUUAGGAUGCUUGUUAGCCACCAUUUUAAUUCACAUUCCUCUCAAUAAUUAUUUGAGGCGCCUUUCAUUAGUGUUAGAUAUCAUGCAUACUCUUUAGUCACUCAAAAAUGUAACUUUUACUAUAUUAUCUACCUAAUAAUUCCUUUUCUGUCAAUAUUAUAUAAAUGGGUGAAUCAACUUUUUUUAUUCAGGAUGCUUAAAUAAUAAUAUUCUACAACAAAAACUGGCACAAAAAUGAGGAGGCACACUCAAAGGUUGUGACAGAUGGCGCCACCCUAUUAGUCCAU